AUGAACAUAGAUGCUCUGUUCCAACAAAUACAGCGCACAGAGAAGCAGGCCGAGGAGAAGAGGCGCCUCAUACACCAAGUUAAAUUUGACAUAAACAGAAGUUAUGAAAAAAUUAACCAAAUAAAAGAAGAGUUGAGCAAUGCAAAAAUAAAAUUAGAAACUAAGGUUCAGCAUCUUUCUGAAAAACUCUUCUACUUAGAACUUCUGAAGAAACGUGAAGACAGCUUAGAAAAACAGAAAGUUGAACUUAUUAAUCAAAAGAGUGCUCUUCUUAAAAUCUUUACAGAUGCAAAGAGAAAAAUGACUGAAGAAGAAGAUAAUUUUACUAGGGAAGUAACAGAGUUUAACAAUGAAUAUGGACUAACAAGUAAUAGAGAUCAUCUGAUUAAAAAAAAAGUCAAGAGUGAAAUAAAUGAUUUAGAGAAUGAGACAGCUCUUUUAAAAAGUGAAAUGGAGUCAAUGGAACAUAAAAAUGGUCAGUUAAAUGCACUCCAGCUGCAGAAGAAUGAAAUAAAGCAGGAUUUAUUUGCUCUCCAGAGCAAACUCAAAGAUCUUGAAAAAGUUAUCAGGGAGGCUAAAGGAAUCACAAAAGAUUUAGAAGCAGAAAAAGUCCAAGUCACUGAAAAACCUCAGACUGAUCCUGAGUGUUUAAGGCUGAAGAAAGAAUUGAAAAAUUACAAAGAUGAUCAUUGGGAAAAUGUCUGUGAGACUUUUAAAACAGAAAUUGAAAUUCUGCAAAUGAAACUAUCACAAAAAAAGUCUUCAGGCAACUGA